AAGCGUGGGCAGCUUGUUUGUGUGUUUCAUGAGUGUGUGUUUGUGUGCACCUGAGAAACUGUGUGGUCAACUGUCCUUCCCCCUGUGCUGCCCUGCGUCGCAUUCCUGACUGCACAGAGCUGUUCCUGUGCGGACUAACCUUUCCUCCAGCAGGAGUGAGGAGGACGAUCGAAAAACCAAGGAAAACAUUAAGGAUUAAUAGAGGUGCUAAAGGAGUAGUGGUCAAGAUGUUGAUCACCAUGCUAACAGCCAUGUAUAUGGUGGUCAGAGUCGUAGAAUCGAUAGGGGUGCGGUUCGCACGGCAGCAGGACCCUUUGCCUUACAUGGUGUCCCAGCCUUUGCCUUGGCAGGUUCACUCAGUGUCUCACAGUCGGAGGAGCAGCAAAGCAGAGGAGUUUGAUGGGCUCAGGAGGAACAGCAUAGGGGUGUAUAGAAAGAACUAUACCUCCAUGGCUGUUGCCUCUGCCUCUCUGGCUAUACCCUGUGUCCUGUCGUGCUCAGACUCCAGUGCCAGCAAUGGGACGUGCACCGUGCCCGCUGUUCCUCCACUCAGCCCGGUUGAAGUCGAGAAGGCCGCCGCCACCAUCCAGACCCAUUUCAGGAAGUUCCAACAGAAGAAACAAAAGAACGGCAAGUAGGUGGACAAAGGCACGGUGAGAGACAACAGGAAGCAGGUGGAUGCACGUGGAUUCACCAAAGGAUGGAUGGACUCAAAUGAUGUGUACACUCAUAUGCAAAUGCACAUGCAUUGAAACUGCACAAUAAACAGUAGAGCUCCCGGAUGAGUGACACAGUGUAAACAAUAAGAGUAAUAGAGUACAUCUCAAAUAGCUACUUGUAAUACAAUAUUUAAAAUUCCAUGUGAAUAAUAUAUGUGAAUAUCUGAAUGUGAGAGAGUGCGAGUGACUGUGAGGAUGCCGUCAUUUCUAUAUGACCAGUGUUUUGAGGAUAUAAACAUGAAAAUAUUCAAAUAAUUUGUGGCUCUUUCCAAAACAAACUAUUUCAAUAAAGUCCUCUG